AAGUAUGUUGCUAAUAUGCAUGGGGAUGAGACUGUUGGGAGAGAAAUCCUGCUCCAUUUGAUAGACUUCCUGGUGACCAGCUAUAGACGUGACCCAGUUAUUACGCGGUUACUCAAUAAUACCCGGAUUCACAUCAUGCCAACAAUGAAUCCUGAUGGAUUUGAGGCUACAAAAGUGCCUGAUUGUUAUUACACACAAGGAAGGUACAAUAAGAAUGGAGAAGAUCUGAACAGAAAUUUUCCUGAUGCCUUUGAAAAUAACAACGCUAGCAUUCAGCCAGAGACUCAAGCAGUGAUGAACUGGAUAAAAAAUGAGACGUUUGUUCUUUCAGCAAACUUGCAUGGGGGUGCCCUGGUUGCCAGUUACACCUUUGAUAAUGGUAACUCAGUUACUGGCUCUUUGAAAGGCUAUAGCAGGUCUCCAGAUGAUGAUGUCUUUAUUCAUCUGGCAAAAACCUAUUCUUUCAACCAUGCCAGCAUGUACAAAGGGACUGGGUGUGACAAGAGACAAACCUUUCCAGAAGGCAUUACCAACGGGUAUUCUUGGUACCAGCUGGAAGGUGGAAUGCAAGAUUACAACUAUGUCUGGGGACAAUGUUUUGAAAUUACACUGGAGCUGUCAUGCUGUAAAUAUCCUCCAGCAGACCAGCUGGAAAAGUUCUGGAGAGACAACAAAGUUGCUCUGAUCGAAUAUAUAAAACAAGUACAUCUAGGUGUCAAGGGUCAAGUUACUGAUAAGAAUGGGAAUCCUAUUCCCAAUGCCAUCGUGGAAGCCAAAGGAAGGCCUCACGUCUGCCCCUACAGAACAAAUGAACACGGGGAGUACUUUCUUCUCCUUUUGCCUGGGACAUAUGUGAUCAAUGCUACUGUACCAGGAUUUAAAUCAAUGCUGAAGACAGUGGAAAUACCCGACAAUACUGGUAACUUCAGUGCUUUGAAACACGACUUCUCUUUCUCAGAAGUCUCUACCAGAUCAAGAGCUGCUUCAUGUCCCAGAACUCCCCUCUACCAAGAGCUCCAACGGGCUUCAGCUGCAGUAAAACCAACUCUGCAUAUCUUGGUUUUAAUGACCAUUAUGCUUGUAAUUUUCAAAUAA